AUAUAUGAUACUGAUAUUCCAUUCCAGCUAAUAAAUAUAGUCUUAAUUUGGGUGGUCAAUCUGCAUUUUAAGGGUUUAAAAUCUAAUCUAGCUAAAUCAAGUAAAUCUACUCUUAAAGUCAUUUAAGGAUGCCAAGUUUAAUCAUAAAAUUUAUUUUACUAACAACAAAAUUGUGGCCAGUGAAAAUGCUGAGUGGCUAGUAACUUCGGAAAACACCAUUUUGGCUGGUGAGCAAAAAAGUUAAUGUCAAGCCCUGGUAUUAUGACAAUAAAUGUGGCACACCCAGAUUUUCAAAUGUACACCCAGAGUCUCUUUUCUGGCUACACUUCUUAUAUAGAGUAAUUGAAAAGAAGACAUGAACUCCAAAACAUUUACCUGUUCAGCUCAUUUAUUCCGACACUUCUUGCCCAAACAUCGGCGUGUUUUCCACAUGAAUCCUGCGCCUCUGUUUAGCGGACUACCUCAGGUGAUCCAGGGAUCAGGUGUGCGCACUGUGGACGUCCGGAGCGACGCGGGAACCAAACCCGGAGAUGCCAUGCGCAAAGCCAUGGCGAAGGCAGAGCUCGGGGAUGAUGUGUUUGCAGAGGACCCGACAGUUAAUGAAUUACAAAAAGAAGCUGCUGAUAUGUUUGGUAUGGAGGCUGCUUUAUUUGUCCCUACAGUUACGAUGGGUAAUCUAAUUGCAGUUAUGGUCCACUGCAGAGAAAGGGGAGAUGAGAUGAUAGUUGGUGACCUCUCUCAUAUUUAUAUCUAUGAGCAGGGUGGAAGUGCACAGCUGGCAGGUGUCCAUUCUGUAGCAGUGAAUACAUUAGCCGAUGGCACCUUUGAUCUAGACCAGCUGAUCUCCAAGGUCCGUCAUGGUUACCCUAACCCGCAUUUCCCACGCACUCGACUGGUGUGCAUUGAAAACACACACAAUAUUCAGGGAGGGCGAGUCCUUCCAGUCUUAUUCCUGCAGGAGCUUCGCUCUGUGGCUGAUAAGUUUGGUCUGGCAGUGCAUAUGGAUGGAGCGAGGUUAAUGAAUGCAGCCGUUGCUCAGGGUGUUCAUCCCUCUGUUAUACUACAACAUUGCCACUCCGUCAGUGUGUGUCUAUCCAAGGGGCUAGGGGCACCUGUAGGAACCAUGCUUUGUGGGUCAAAAGAUUUCAUAGAGAGAGCAGUUCGUGCUCGCAAAGCACUUGGAGGAGGAAUGCGCCAAGCGGGUAUUUUAGCAGCAGCUGGUAGGAUUGCCCUGUCAGACAUGAUUGGCAGACUGGAAGAGGACCACAGGAACGCCAGACGCUUUGCUGAAGCGCUUAUACAGUGUCACCCUCCUUUGUACCAGCUGGACCUUGCCACUGUGGAAACAAACAUUGUAAGGUUUUGGCUUCAGGACCAGCGGAUGAGCCUACAUGAGUUCUGUGAGCGUAUGGCAAGGGUUGAUGAGCAGGAGGUGAAGGCUUUGGGUCAGGGGGUCCGGGUGCUGAUGUUCUCUCAUGUUGGAAAUGCAAUCAGGGCUGUGUGGCAUCAGGGUAUCAGUGAGGAAGAUACUGAACUGGCUAUAGAGAAGGCUCGGUUUGUGGCCCAACAGCAUAGAUACAAGUCCGUCAGGACAGCAGGAAACCAAUAAUUCUCAUCCAAGACCAAAUGUUUUUACAACAGUCCAUCUCAGUUUAUCUCAAAAGUACUCCAGCUUAUCUUAAAAGGGAGGCUCCACUUUUUUGGAAAUAUGCUCAUUUUCCAGCUCCCCUAGAGUUAAACAUUUGAUUUUUUUUUUUCAUUUUGGAAUCUUCACUUGGUAACUUUUAAUAGCAGGGGACAGGCACUGCGUAAUAUCAUUGAGCCUCCUGCAGCCAUGUUACUGCAGCAAAGUCCUUGAUUAUUACACCAGAAUGAGAAUAUAGUUCCUAGCGAUAUCUGCCUAGAAAAUCACAACUUAACAUUUUUCAUCUGUCUUUGUACAUGAUGUAACUACAGAAGAGUCAAGUUUUAAAUAGGUAAAAUAUCAAAACUAUUUGGUUAUUUUUAGGGCAAUGCUAAUGGUCCAAUCAGAUUCAAUGGAUUAGGCUAAGCUAUGCUAAAAGUGGUACUGCCAGACCCAGAGAUCAGCUGAAUGGAUUGCAAAAUGUUGAACUCUAGAGGAGCUGGAAAAUGAGCAUAUUUUCAAAAAAAGUGGAGUGUCCCUUUUUUACACCCCACAAAAAAAGUGUUAAAAUUACACUUCUUAAAGAAAAAAGAAGUGUGCAUUCUUAAACAAAAAGAUUCUUAAAGGUUAUUUGACAGGGAUAACAGUAUGGCUUUAUAAGGACCAGUGUUGGUCAAGUUACUUGGAAAAAGUAAUUAGUUACUGAUUACUUCCCUAAGAAAGUAAUCCCGUUACUUUACUGAUUACUUAUUUUCAAAAGUAAUUAGUUACUUUACUAGUUACUUUACUAAUUACUUUUCAAAAACAUGAUGCACGACCUGAAUAUGCUACAGUAUAAAGCAACAGGGCCCGGUUGCAUAAAGCACCUUAAGUGUAAUUUUCCCUUAAAUUCACCCUUGUGUUUCAUUUAAACUUAAGGGUGUUGCAAAAAAACCUUAAGCUUUUUCUGUUGCAUCUCCAUGGCAACAAUAGUAUUUUAUAAACCUGGGUCGCUGUCGUGAAACAUUUAACGAUUACCCUUACCUAAAAGAACCAUUUCAGGGAUUAUACUGCAUGCAACACCCUUAAAUUAUUCUCUUACUGUAGGUAAGGGGAAUUUACCCCAAGUGUCAUACUUAAGGGAAAAACUUAAGGUGCUUUAUGCAACAGGGCCAAGACCUUUCAGCCUAAUUCUAUUCUUUCUGCAUAUUCCAUCAUCUAAAAUUGAAUCAAAUGAAACAUUCUCUAUUUUAACCUCUCGGCAUGCACUAAUUCGUUUUUUUAAGCCUCCUAACAAUAUCUAUAUAGCCGACUGUCUACAAACAUUAAUAAUAUUAAUUUAAUAUCAACAUUACUAUACAUCGUUUAAAAGGUCUACGGGUUUAGCAUCAGUGUAUGGUCUCUGUUUUGAGAUAUAUGCUCUAGCAACAAAUGUAGUAUUUUGUUACAGAAGUCCAGAUGACAACAUGCUGCAUAUAAAUGGGACUUCUUACCUUAUAACGAUCGCGAGUCGAAUCCGGUCUGUUUUAGAUGUGUGAAUAAUCCAUGAAAUCAGUCUAAUAAAAUUAAUCAAAUGACAAUUUUUGUCCACAAAUGCGUAUAAUCCAUGAAAUAUAGUAGUCUGUUGUUUACAUCAGAUUUCGCGUGAACGUGAGAUGGAGCCGCAGCGGUCACGUCAGUUUGUCCACAACUGCGUAUAAUCCAUGAAAUACAGAUAUAUAGUCUGUUGUUUUACAUCAGAUUUCGCGUGAAUGUGUAUGAGAUGGAGCCGCAGCGGUCAUGUCAGCUGGAGGUUCAGGGAUAUUUUCAGUAAGUUUCACAUUCCUAUGCCGGCUUGCUAGGUGUUUGCUUAGAUUUGAGGUGGAAUUUUUCGCUGUGGAUAGAAGUUUUAUUCCCAGGCAGAGUGUACAGAGGACGCUGAUGUUUUUGUCACCUUUAACUGGGUUAAACUCAAAGUAAUGUCGGUACUUCCAAGCAUUAAACGCUGCAUAGUCUUGUUCUCUUCCGCGCUCCAUGUUGUCUUCUCACGUUCAACAAUACACUGACUGACGGCGCCGCGCUCAUACGUCAUUGUCACUCGACUCGCGUCAGGACACGAGAGAGUCUCACGAAACAAAAUCAAGAUUAAAAAAUAACGCAGUAACGCAGCCUGCUAACGGGGAAGUAACAGUAAUCUAAUUACUGGUUUUGCAAUUGUAAUCCCUUACUUUACUCGUUACUUGAAAAAAGUUAUCGGAUUACAGUAACGCGUUACUUCUAACGCGUUACUGCCCAUCACUGAUAAGGACCUUAUGUUGCACAAAAGGUUCUUUGUAAAGGAAAAUGGUUUAUUAGUGGCAUCACUGGAAAGAACCACUUUUAGCACCUUUAAGAGUGCAUGUACCAUCUUUUACCCUGUUUGAAAAUCAAGCCAAGACUUCCACUAUUAUAUUAUACUAUUAAAGGGGUGUUGCAAUAAUUAUGCCUGUGUGUUUAUUUACAAUGAGCAGUUUUCUAUACUUCAACCUUAAUGACAAUUCAGCGUUUUGAAAUGUUUUUACAAUAAAUUGUGUGAUGAUUUGACUACCGUUUAAUUCCAUACAAUGAGCACCAGAAGUAGUUUAGUGGUAAAAAAAAGAAAAGCAAACAACCUGUGACAUUUUUCUAGGUUUGUUAUUUUCAUCAAGUGUUACAUAAGAGCUUCCCAUAAUGAUGAGACAGAGAGACAUCGUCAUGAUGACAAAGCAGUGAUUGUGUUCACUACAAUAGACAUCAAAAGGGGAUCAGGCCACUGUCUAGUCAAUAUACAGUCAAACUUAUUUUCUUUAAUUGCUAAUGCAACCUUUUACACCACAGACUGAACAAAAUUAAGCAUUGUUGGUUAUUGGUUGACCUAAAAUGGUAUUGUAAUUGUGUGCUUAUAUUUAACAGCUGACAGCUAUUCAGUUAAUUUAUAAAACAGUCUACUAAAACGA